AUGCAUGCAUCCUACUAUCAUCAAGCACAUGCAUGUAUCUUUGUAUUUGAUAUCACUCGGAAGAUCACCUACAGGAAUCUUGAUAAAUGGCUACAAGAUUUACGUGAAAAUCGACCAGAUAUCCCCUGUAUAUGUGUUGCUAAUAAGAUAGACGUUGAAGUAGACGUGACAAAGAAGACAUUCAAAUUUCCAAAGAAAAACAAAAUGGCAUUUUAUUUUGUUUCUGCUUCAGAUGGUACGAAUGUUGUAAAAGCAUUUCGAGAUGCUAUACGGGCUGCAGUUGCAUAUAAAGAAACUUCAACAGAUAUUAUGGAUCAAAUUAUGAAUGAGUUAGAGAAGACAGAAGAAGGAGCAUCUGAAGCAUCCGAAGAUAUUUCACUAGAUCAAGAUUGA